GGAAAGCUCCGUCCGCGGGAGAUGCGACGGGGCGGGAAGUGAGAGCUCGCGGUCCAAGCUGCGUGCUGCUCCUGCGGGCUGGAACAUGGGCGAUUUGCAGGAAGAUGUAAAGUUUAUAGUGGAUGAGACCUUGGACUUCGGAGGGCUGUCACCAUCGGACAGUCGUGAGGAGGAAGACAUACCAGUGUUGGCAACUCCAGAGAAACCCCUUCGGCGGGGCCUCUCCCACCGGGGCGACCUCAAUGCAGUGGCCCCCACCCCCCAGGGCGUGAGGUUCAGCUUAGGCCGCCUCAGCCCAGCGAAGAUGGAAGAGGUCCUCGAUGAGGCCAACAGGCUGGCGGCGCAGCUGGAGCAGUGCGCCCUGCAGGAGCGCGAGAGGGCAGGCGAGAGCCCGGGGCCGCGCAGGGUGAAGCCCAGCCCGCGGAGGGAGACCUUUGUGCUGAAGGACAGUCCUGUCCGAGACCUGCUGCCCACUGUGAGCUCUUCCGCUCGGAGCACCCCCUCUCCAAGCAGCCUGACACCCCGACUCCGGGGCAGCGAUAGGAAGGGGUCCGCCAGGGCUCUUCGGGCAGCAUCUGGAAAGAAGCCCUCCAGUGGGAAGAGGGAGUCGCCCACUUGCAAUCUGUUCCCCACAUCCAAAAGCCCAGCAUCUUCUCCUCUUGCCCGAUCAACUCCUCCAACCCGAUCAACUCCUCCAGCCCGAUCAACUCCUCCAACCCGAUCAACUCCUCCAGCCCGAUCAACUCCUCCAACCCGGGGGAAAGCUGGGCCCAGUGGGAGAGCAACAGCAAGCCCGCCAAUCCCCGUCAGACCGGUCUUGGCCCCACAGCCUUCUACCAGCAACUGUCAGCGCCUGUCUCGGCCACAGGGAGCAGCUGCUAAACCUUCCAGUCGACUACCUGUCCCCUCAGCCAUCCCCAAGCCUGUCAGCCGAGUGCCACUCAGCAGCCGGAGUGUACCACCCAGCAGAGGUGCCCUAGCUUCAGAUUCAGUGUCAACUCGGAAAGGACUUCCAAGACCAGGUGCUGCAGGGCACAGAGGUAAGGAGGAACGGACAUCGGACAGGAAGUUAGGAGUAAGAAUACCUACCCUCGGCCAGCUCUGCACUCUCCCAGAGCUAGUAACAGUGACCACUUUCUCCAUCUUCGUUACAACUCUAUUUGAAGAUGGUGAGUUUGAAGAGAAUGUGGGACUGGACCAAGAGUUUGAGCCUUUGUUUUCAAAUACCUUUCAAAUGUUUUUACCUUGGGUGAGAGGGAAAGCACUAAUCCAAAACUCACCCUGCCUUCAUCCAGUGUUGAUCUUUGUGAGGCGGUCACUUGACCUUUCUGAUAACCCAUUUCUUUUGUGGGCCCAAAUCAAGUUCCUGUUUCCCAGCGACCAAAUCUUCCUGGUGCCACUCGCAGCCAUCUGCAGCCACCCCGGAAGGCUGCAGCCCCAGCACCUACCAGGUAAAGAGAUCAGGACAGCAAGCAAGAAUUCAGUAACCAACCACGACAGUCCCUGCCUGGACUCGCCUCCUCUCCGGCCUCCCAAGCCCUCGCAUUGGAGGCAGUUCCGGACUCCUGCAGAUUCUGGCUCCGGGGCAAGAGGAAGAGAUGCCACCACGGCUGGUGCCCAGGGAGAUGGGGUGGAUUAGGGUGGAGCUGGAGGGGAUUCAAACUCUCCAGAUUGGAAUAUUAGGGAAAAGAAGUCACCUCCCAGCAGUGAAAUGAACAAACAGAUGAGAAGUGGGUUGUCCUCAUCCACCCCCACUCUGUGUUCAUCCCCAGGCUGAGGGUCACUGGGCAUGAACAUGGGAAUGGCCUCUGUCGCUGACCUCCCUGCUCUCCCAGGAGCAGUCCUCCUGUAUCACAUCCCCUACUGGACUCCGGCCUGUUUGGCGAAGCAGAGGCAGGCACCUGGCCUCCGGAACUUGCUUCCUGUGAAUUCUGUGAAUCGUAACAGGCCAGUUUAUGAUAAACUGACUCCUUUGGUCUAUACUUUUCUAAAAUAAAGUGAGUGUAUUUUUAUA